UGGACCAAGUCACAAGUUACAAGUUACACAAGGACGCCAUCUUCGGACCUCGAUUGAAGAUAGAUAGGCGUCUUGCGAUCGUCACAAGCGCCAACUAAAGUCGCAAGCCACAUUUUCCCGAUCGCAAUCAAGCAGAUCUAACCUAUUUAUGGUCUACUCAAUCCAUCCAAUCUAUUCAAUCUAUUCAAUAACUUGACUACAAGCCAAACCCACUUGCCAAUUCACAAGUUGGAAACCUAUAUGCGAGUCUAUAACCUCGCUAGUCGGGCACGGCAGCGAACCUAGGUUUACUACAUACAAGUCUUCUGCUGAAUAGUCUGCGGAAGAAGUUUGUAGAAGACCACCAAUUCGAGAUUCCAGCGCCCUCUUUCAACACAUUUAACAUAUCCCUAGUAGUAUUCAUGGUCUCACAAUUCGAUCAGUCGCUCACCUCCCGCGGCCCCUCCUCCGUUGUUUCGGCGCGCACCGCCUCCCGCCCCCAUGUGUCCUCCCGUAGCAAGCGAUAUAAUCGCUCCCACACCGGCGGCAGCUCGUAUGUCCCCCAAAACGAGUUCCCUGUCUUCACUCAUUCGGGGGACGUCGAGAUCGUAGUAAAAGCUGGUGGUAAAGCGAAUAGAUACCUACUACAUAAACACACAUUGACGAGAUGUUCGGGGUUUUUCGAGGCGAGCACAAGCCAGGAAUGGUCCAAAGCUAGUCUGCUACCGUUACCAGAGCCCUCCUCGAGGGAGCUCGCGAGGAUAGGGGAGGAUGACACUAGUAAUAGCGGGACCGACAUUGUUCGACCAGGUGCAGACUCACCCACGCCGCGAAGACGGUGGCGCUACGAAUUGGAUCCUGGGAGUGGACCAGACGAUAUACCUAUGCUGAUACAGAAGGAGGCCAACACUUCUAGCUCUACCGAUUCCACGCAGUCGAACUCCCUCUUCGGGGGCGGGGGCGCAACGCUUAACACACCUCCCACACGAAAGUCGGGGGGUCAUUCCCAUACCAGUUCCACCAAUUCCUUCUUCCGUUCUGUCGCGAACCUAUCACUCACGCCAGGGAAAGUUGAUCAAGACUUGCCCUUAUCUCAAGCCGACGCUGACCUCCUUCGUGAUUACGAUAACCUUUUCCGUAUUUUCUACAACUAUCCGCCGUUGCUAGACGGCAUAAACAUUGCCGACGCAUACGUGCAGUGCAAGUCACUGUUAACAUUAGCAGAUCAGUACGACGCAUUAGCCGUCGUGGGGCCGCGAGUUGACCACCAUCUAUUGCAGUUUCAAAGCAGGCUUUGGAAGCAGAUAGCUAAAUAUCCUGUCAGCUAUUUACGGCUGGGAUAUUUAAGUAGGAGUAAGGUCAUCUUUCAAGAGGCUCUAAUACACGUGGUUGGACAAUGGCCUGCGGGAGAGCGGAGCAUUCGACAGUCUUUUCCGGACAUCGUACUCGAUAUAAUCGAGGACAAAGUUGAUGAGCUCGAGGAAACGGUAUCCAGGAUUGAAGGCCGUCUUUUCCGCCUUAACCUAACCAAUUCGCGUGGUGAGCGUGUCACUCCUGGUACGUCGUAUCUUGACUGGCUGGCCGUGUCCUUCUUUCGCCAAUGGCUCGCGGACAACACAUCACCGCCACCAAUGCCUGCGCCUACUCCAGGGCCCGGAAGAGGACAUCCGUCCCGCGACGGCAGCUCAUCUCGUUCAGCCGCUGUGGUCGCUUCGACCUCCACAGCACCAAACCUCGCAAGCCUCGGCCGUACCUAUCGCACCCUAGGCUCUGCUACGGGAGUCGGAUACCUCGGCCACGACGACUGUAAACGUUUUCUCAAGCAUACGCCUGAUUUGUACUCACGUGAAAACCUACGCCGGUUUGAGAAGCGCAUCGAUGAGCUCAAAAGCGCUGCCCGGGAAAUCGUCCGUCCCCUCAUGGGCAGUGGGCUUGAACUCGAGCUAGAACGCGGUGCUGCUACACCAGGCAGUGCCAGUGUUGGCGGACCCAGCAUGCUUAUAGCUCCCAGUGGCAUGACCAGUUAUCUGACGUGCGUGCGGGUCAUGGAAAGGGACUUGCCAUGGGCUACUGGGGACUAAGGGGAGAGUGGUUCGAGCCUUGGAACACGAGUACUACAAUAAUUAUGAUGAGAGAUGAGAUGAAAUGACAUGACAUGACAAUAUUUAGAUGGGAUGGGAUGGAACGGAUAAUAUCGGAG